UGGCCAUGUCGUCAUCUCUGUGCGACUGUGUUAUAGCUUCUCUCCAGGAAGUAAAAUUAACAGGACAGUUUGACUCUGCUAAGACGACGGGAACACGAUGUCUGGAAGCUUUUAUUAUGUCAUGGUCGGUCAUCAGGACAAUCCUGUGUUUGAGAUGGAGUUCCUACCAGCUGGGAAGGCUGAAUCAAAGGAUGACCAUCGUCACUUGAACCAGUUCAUAGCACACGCUGCCCUGGAUUUGGUGGAUGAAAACAUGUGGCUGUCCAACAAUAUGUACUUGAAAACUGUGGACAAGUUCAACGAGUGGUUUGUUUCUGCCUUCGUCACUGCAGGACAUAUAAGAUUCAUCAUGCUGCAUGAUGUGCGACAAGAAGAUGGAAUCAAAAACUUUUUUAAUGAUGUUUAUGAUUUAUACAUUAAGUUUGCGAUGAAUCCAUUCUAUGAAAUCAAUGCACCAAUCCGCUCAACAGCUUUUGAGAGGAAAGUACAGUUUCUUGGAAAGAAACAUCUCCUGAGUUAAUCACUGCAUCCCAUGCACAAGGAUUUUAUGCAUCUGCUUGUCUAUUUGUUGUGUAUAUACCUAACACAUAUUUGAUGUCUUAUAUCUUUCUUUCUUGUUUCACAAAUGAAAAAUGUAUUCAAAAAAGUUUCCUAUAAAAAACAUUUUCUUGUC